GUUUUACAUUCGUUUCAUCUUAUCUUCCACCUAAUAGUAAACAAAAAUUCCAAACCCUUUUCUCUGUAUAUCGUAGGAUCGUUCAACGCUGUGGUUUCAAUCAGAUGGAAGGUUAUGUAUUCUUUGAAACCUCUCUUAUAUAUUUAUUCGUUUUUUUUUCAAUUAGGAUAUGUUUCCUUUUUUUUUGCGGGGUUUUUGUUAAAGCUAUGAUUUUUAUUUUUUUUUCCAAUUAAGAUCUGUUUUGAUUUUUUCCUGAAUCGUUAGUUUAACACAUUCAUGGUUAUGAUAUAAUAAUUUUUUUUUAUAAAGAUUUUCGUUUAUUUUUUGUUUUCAAUUGUGGAGAUUUUGUGUUUUUGUUUUUUGGGGUUUUUGUUUUUACUGGAAAUUUGUUUUCGGAUUUGAUGGGUUGUACUUGAGGUGAUUGAUUUGAUUUUCAGGAGACUUUUUGGUUUUUGUUUUAUAUGUUUGCCUGUAAUUUUUUUUACGUGAUGUCUUCCUCCUUUGUAUUCUUUUGCGCCGAUUUGCGCCGAUUGAUUCUUUUUUUUUUUACUUUGUUGAGUUUGACAUCUGUGAUAUUAAUGUGGUAGAAACAAAAGUCAUCAAUGUUUUUUAACUCUUUGUUAUCGUUCUGAUUUUAUUUUUUGGUAUAAAUAUAUCUAACAAUUCAGUUGACUAGAUCAGUUUUGGUUUUUGUAGUGUUUGAGUGUUUAAGCAUUUCGAUUGAGUUUUCUGAUAUGGAUAGAGCGUUUGAUACACUUGCUUCUGUUUGUUCCGGUAAAGAAUCAUGGCGGAUCAAAGUAAGGGUUCUUCGUUUAUGGAGUGUGUGCAGUUUUAUGAAACCAGAGCAGGUUAUCUCACUUGAAAUGGUUUUGAUUGAUGAUAAGGGUGUUAAGAUCCAUGCUUCUGUUCGUCGUCAAUUGCUUUAUUUGUUUAAUUUGAAGAUUGUUGAAGGUGAUGUUUAUAAGAUGUCGUUUUUCACUGUUUGUCCAGAAUCUGGAAUUUACCGAACUACUCCACACCAAUUUAAACUUGAUUUUGAGAUGAAAACAAAAUUUCAGGCCUGUGAAGGUAAUACCAUUGAUCAUUUUGGAUUGUCACUUUCCACCAUCGCACAGAUUUCUGCUUAUGGUCUUGCUCAUAAUUUCUUAGUUGAUGUUGUUGGUCUUAUUAUUGGUAUUUCUGCUGAGAGGGAGUAUAUUCGGGAUGGUAAGGUUACUAGGAUGAUUGUGGUUGAGUUGACUGAGAGUAGUGGAAAGUGUGAGUGUGCUUUGUUAAAUUUGCCAAAAUUAAGAUUUUCAGAGGGAAAGUAUCUAUUCAAAAUGUUUUGAAUGCCAUGGGAUUUAUUUUAAUCCUUCAACACCAGAGGUUGUUUCUUUCAAGGAAAG